CAAAUGUAAUCACUUUCUCACCCUCGAUAUAAUAAUAGCAAAGCACUACAAAUUUUUCUCCACUACGAAGACUUUCCUCUUUCUCUCUCUACAAACUUUUAACUUUAACCGGUUUGUGUAAUGACGGAGCCGACGAUGAAUCUCUGGACCACCGACGAUAACGCCUCUAUGAUGGAAGCUUUCAUGAGCUCCUCCUCCGACAUCUCAGCCUUAUGGCCACCGGCAACAACAACAACGGCAACGGCGUCGACUACAGCUCCGGCACCGGCGGGAUUUAACGAGGAGAGUCUCCAGCAAAGGCUACAAGCACUGAUUGAAGGGACUAACGAAGGCUGGACCUACGCUAUAUUCUGGCAGCCUUCGUACGACUUCUCCGGCGCCUCCGUGCUCGGAUGGGGCGAUGGUUAUUACAAAGGAGAAGAGGACAAGGGAAAGCCCCGACAGAGGUCGACUCCGCCGCCGUUUUCGACUCCGGCGGAUCAGAAGUACCGCAAGAAGGUGUUGCGUGAGCUCAACUCGUUGAUCUCCGGCGGAGGUGGUCCGACGACGGAUGACGCCGUUGACGAAGAGGUGACGGACACGGAGUGGUUUUUCUUGGUUUCGAUGACGCAGAGCUUCGCUUGCGGUUCUGGACUAGCGGGCAAGGCGUUCGCGACGGGUAACGCGGUUUGGGUUUCGGGUCCGGAUCAGUUAACCGGGUCGGGUUGUGAGCGGGCCAAGCAAGGAGGAGUCUUUGGGAUGCAGACCAUCGCGUGUGUUCCUUCGGCGAACGGGGUUGUUGAACUCGGGUCAACGGAGCAGAUCCGACAGAGUUCGGAUCUUAUGAACAAGGUCCGAGUGCUUUUCAAUUUCAACGGUGGCGGCGCGGGAGAUUUAUCGGGUCUGAACUGGAAUCUUGACCCGGAUCAAGGCGAGAACGAUCCGUCUAUGUGGAUUAAUGACCCGAUUGGAGUACCCGAGCAGGGUAACGGAGCUCCGAGCUCUAGCUCCCAGCUUUUCGCCAAGUCGAUUCAGUUUGAGCACGGUGGUAGUUCAAGCACCAUAACCGAAAACCCGAACCCGGAUCCAACUCCGAGCCCGGUUCAUUCCCAGAUCCAGAAUCCGAAACUCAGUAACAAUAAUUUCUCCCGAGAGUUGAAUUUCUCGACGUCCAGUACCACCUUGGUGAAACCAAGAGCCGGGGAGAUAUUGAGUUUCGGCGAUGAGGGUAAACGGAGCUCCGUGAACCCGGAUCCGAGCUCUUACUCGGGUCAGACUCAGUUCGAGAAUAAGAGAAAGAAGUCAAUAGGUCAGAGCGAUCAUGACAAGGUUCUAACUUUCGGAACCGGCGGAGGAGAAUCCGACCACUCCGAUCUAGAAGCCUCCGUCGUGAAAGAGAUACCGGAGAAACGUCCCAAGAAACGCGGGAGAAAACCGGCCAACGGUAGAGAAGAGCCGCUUAACCACGUCGAAGCGGAGAGACAGAGACGCGAGAAACUAAACCAGCGGUUCUACGCGCUGCGUGCGGUCGUACCAAACGUCUCGAAAAUGGACAAAGCUUCUUUGCUCGGAGACGCGAUCGCUUACAUCAACGAGCUUAAGGCGAAGGUGACCAAGACGGAGUCUGAGAGAACUCAGAUCAAAACCCAGCUCGAGGAAGUGAAAAUGGAGCUCGCCGGAAGAAAAGCCAGCGCCGGCGGUGAUCUGUCGUCGUCUUGCUCGAUGACGGCGAUCAAACCGGUCGGGAUGGAGAUCGAGGUGAAGAUCAUCGGCUGGGAUGCGAUGAUAAGGGUGGAAUCGAGCAAGAGGAAUCAUCCGGCAGCGAGGUUGAUGUCGGCGUUGAUGGAUCUAGAGCUUGAGGUGAAUCACGCGAGUAUGUCGGUGGUUAACGAUCUGAUGAUACAGCAAGCGACGGUGAAGAUGGGAUUCAGAAUUUACACGCAGGAGCAGCUCCGGGCGAGUUUAAUCUCAAAGAUCGGUUAAAAGUAGCGAUCAAGUAAAAGUUAUGGGGUCAAAUCAUUAGUAGUUCGUUUUAGUUGGGGUUCCAGUAAUUUUGUAGCUUGUAGUUAUUAUGUAAGAAAGUCCAAAAAUAGAGCGACAUGUUUGUUUUGCUCUAUCUCUCGAGUCUGUAUCGUUUGUUGUUGGAUCUAAAAUGUGUAACGUGUAUAUAGUGUAUGAGUUUAUACUGUGUUAGUUACUACCAAA